UUCAGUCACCACUUCAGUUCACCAUGACAGAGAAUCACGGCGAUACAGCGCCUCUCCUGGGAGAGCAGCUACAGCCAGAGUAUGGCGCUGUCGAGGAAGCCCCGGUCGCUGAACCACGGACGUCGUUCAAGCGCAACCUUGGAACCGCCGAGGCGUUCAGCAUCAUCAUCAGCAUUGUCAUCGGAAGCGGCAUCUUCACCUCUCCCGGCUCGAUCGAUACUAAUGUUCCAUCGCCUGGGUUCGCCUUGAUUGUCUGGCUAGUGGGCGGAAUUCUGGCGUGGACAGGAGCAGCUACGAUGGCCGAGCUCGGCACCGCCAUUCCAGGCGAAGGCGGCGUACAACCGUAUAUGCAGUACAUUUUCGGCGAUGUUUUUGGAUUCCUGGCGGCGUGGACCUGGAUUGUCGCUGUCAUCCCCGCGUCGCUGGCCAUCAUGAGCAUCGUUUUCGUGGAGAGCGUCUACUCCGCCAUCGGAGAAAACAACAGAACCCAGGGAGCGUUACACAAGUUCCUAUCAAUACUGGUUCUCAUCGUUUUCACCAUGGCCAACGGGAUUAGCACCAAGACAACCAACCGGCUGAACCGGUUCUUCGUCACCUCCAAGUUCACCGCAAUCGUCGCGACCGUCGUGGCUGGAAUUGCCGUCGUGUUCAUUCACCUUGCGAACAAAGGUGAUGAGCAGCCCCAAGACUGGUGGACCAAGCCCUGGUUCGGCUACAGGACGAGCAUUGGGCCGGACGGGUCGGAGAUUGACUGGAGCAAGCUGCCUGCCUGGGAGAUGCUGGGCCACUACUCGGCUGCUCUGUAUGGCGCUCUGUGGGCGUACUCGGGAUGGGACAAGGCCAUUUAUAUCUCGGCUGAAUUGUCUGCACCCGCGCGCCAACUUCCUCUGGCUUUCAACACAGCCAUCCCAACCAUUGUGUCUGGGUUUAUCGCGGUCAACACCGCGUAUUACAUCCUGCUCCCAUGGGACGUCGUCUCCACGACUGAUAGCGUGGCCGUUACCGCGUUUAACCACCUCUUGGGCCCCGGUGUUGGACUCGUGGCUGCCGCCUUGAUCUGCCUUGUUGUUGCCGGCGCAUUACUCGGGAGUGCCUUCGUGGGAAGCCGUAUGACUGUCGCCGCAUCGAACAAGAACUGGCUGCCCCAGUUCCUAGGCCAGGUAGGAUAUGUCGGACUCCGAUCUGAAUCUAGGUCAGACACCGAGUCGGAUGCUCCACUCAACGCACUCAUCUUCUCGACUCUCUGCUCGUCACUGUACAUCAUUUUCGGCAACUUUCGGGCCCUGGUGACCUUCAAUGGCCUGGGGGAGUAUACCUUCUUUUUCCUGGCGGUGGUCGGAGCGAUUGUCUUGAGGAUCCGCGAGCCGAAGCUCCAUCGCCCAUACAAGCCGAUCAUCCUCAUUCCGCUGGUGUUUACUCUCGUUAGCGGGUUUGUUGUUGCUCGAGGGGCCGUUUUUGCACCCUUCCAGGCGGCCGUGCUCAUAGCAGUUUGGGGGUUGGGGCUGGUGUUUUACUGGGCGAGGAGAUGGUGGCUACGACAGCAGCUAAGUAGGGCUGAAAGGUGAAGGUUUGAAAGGCAGCUAUGCAGAUUGCGAUUCAUACGCGAUAAAGAUGGGUUUGGGUUUGCGAGGGAGGCUACCUAUAUAAAAACCACACUUUCUAUGACCUUAAAUAGACCUUCUUAGUAAAAUAAGCCAAUACAAAUAGAUGAUUAUAAGAUUCGUAC